AUGUGGGAGCGCUUCAAAAAAGCUUUGUUAAACUCACUGUCCGCUGGUUUCCUGAGCGUCUGGAGGUGGAUACAGGCUUUCUGGCGCAAAAAUGGCCUGUUGACUCUUUCAAUGCUGUCCGUUGUCACCGGAUGCCUCCUGGGAUUUUUGCUGCGGGCUCUGGAGCUGACGGAGCUGGAGAAGCAGUAUUUUUCCUUUCCUGGAGAGCUCCUCAUGAGGAUGCUAAAGAUGCUGAUCCUGCCCCUCAUCACCUCGAGCCUCAUGUCCGGGCUGGCCACCAUGGACUCCAAGGCUUGCGGGAAGAUGGGAGUGAUCACAAUCACCUACUAUCUCUGGACAACCUUCAUGGCCGUGACCAUCGGGAUCAUCCUCGUGGUCAGCAUCCACCCUGGUGCAGCGGCCCAGAAGGAGGAAUAUUCUGUGAGGAAAGUGGUGCUCAGCUCUGCCGAUGCUUUACUGGAUUUAAUCAGGAACAUGUUUCCUUCCAAUCUCAUCGAAGCUUCAUUUCAGCAGUAUCGAACCGUUCUUGUGCCGGUGGUGAAGUCUCCGAGCCUUAAAAAGAUCCUAGGGAAAUCUCUCAGUUUUAUUUACUUUGCACCCGAUGAUGAAAACCCAGAAAUCCAUCGGCCUGUGUUUCUUGAGAUUACGCCAUCUCCCGAAAUGACCUACAGAACCCUGCCUGGGACCAGCAAUGAGAUGAAUGUCUUGGGAAUCGUUAUCUUCUCAGCAACAAUAGGACUUCUCCUGGGAAGAAUGGGUGAGCGAGGAGCCCCACUAGUUAACGUGUGCCAGUGUCUGAAUGAAGCGGUUAUGAAAAUCGUCUCAAUGGCAGUCUGGUACUUCCCUUUUGGCAUUGUAUUUCUCAUUGCUGGGAAGAUCUUGGAGAUGGAAGAUCCAUCCGUUAUAGGAAAGAAGCUGGGACUGUACGCCAUUACAGUAGUGUCAGGGCUAGUCAUCCAUGGACUUGUUCUCUUACCUUUGCUUUUCAUGCUCAUCACCAAGAAAAACCCCUUUGCUUUCAUCCAGGGAAUACUGCAAGCCUUGCUGAUUGCCUUAGCUACAUCUUCCAGCUCAGCAACCUUGCCCAUCACCCUGAAGUGUCUUCUGGAAAACAACGGAAUAGACAGACGAGUGGCUCGAUUUGUCCUUCCCGUCGGUGCGACCAUAAAUAUGGAUGGCACCGCGCUGUAUGAAGCAGUCGCUGCUAUCUUUAUUGCUCAGGUUAAUGAGUACGAUUUGGAUUUGGGACAAAUUAUAACUAUAAGCAUAACAGCAACAGCAGCCAGCAUAGGUGCAGCUGGGAUCCCCCAGUCAGGACUUGUUACGAUGGUCAUCGUGCUAACUUCUGUCGGGCUGCCAACCGAUGAUAUUACACUCAUCAUUGCUGUAGACUGGGCUUUGGACCGAUUUCGAACCAUGACCAAUGUCCUUGGUGACGCACUGGCUGCUGGCAUCAUAGCACAUGUCUGUGAGAAGGACUUUGCCCCCAAGCCCCCAGAACAAGAUCCAGUAAGCAACAGAGACAAGUUUCCUUCUGUAGAGACCUCACUUCUGCAGCCCAAAGAUAACGUGAUUGAAAUGAUUGAAGAAAUCUUGACCGAACAGACAGGAGUGCAUUAUAACAUCUGUCAGGUGUAG